GGAGAGUGUGAGGAGGGAGACGUUGAAGCUGAAGUGGAGGUGGAGGUAGAGGUGGAGGGAGACAUGUUGGAAGAAGAGACAGACGAGGACCUGGAUGAAGAGGAGAACCCAGCAGUGAUCGUGGAGGAGGUCCCAGGCAGGGGGCUGGAGCAGUAUUUCUCUGCCCAUGUUCUGGUCUACGAUGACGGGACCUACCUGAUACAGGACGUGGGGGAAGAUCAGGAGGUGGAGACUGAGGUGGUGGAAACAGUGGAGGCGUCUGUCCAUUACCAACAGUCUGGCUCCACUAUCUACUGUUCAGAUAAGACCAUCGAGGCUGCUGAGGCUCUGCUGCACAUGGACUCUGUUACCAGCCUGAGAGGAGACCGCAGCCCAGCCCAGGUAUUCACCCCGCCUGUCUCUCUGUCGACCGACCCGCCUGUCUCUCUGUCGACCGACCCGCCUGUCUCUCUGUCGACCGACCCGCCUGUCUCUCUGUCGACCGACCCGCCUGUCUCUCUGUCGACCGACCCGCCUGUCUCUCUGUCGACCGACCCGCCUGUCUCUGGUCCCCCAGGCAGCACCACGUACCUGUGGGAGUUCCUGUUGGACUUGCUCCAGGACAAGAACACCUGUCCCAGGUACAUCAAGUGGACUCAGAGGGAGAAGGGCAUCUUCAAGCUGGUGGACUCCAAGGCCGUGUCCAAGCUGUGGGGCAAACACAAGAACAAACCUGACAUGAACUAUGAGACCAUGGGACGGGCUCUGAGGUACUACUACCAACGUGGUAUACUGGCCAAGGUCGAAGGUCAGCGGCUGGUCUACCAGUUCAAGGAGAUGCCCAAGAACAUCGUUGUCAUCGAGGACGACAAGUCCGACUCCAGAUCGGGCGAUCUUAUUGGCUCAGAGAAGUCUUACCACGAGAGGGUCCUGCCCUCGUCGGAGACGAUACUGAAUGUGGCCGAGCUCGCCACGACGCCCACCAUCCUGGGGGGUGGGACUAGAACCGGAGUCCAUCCUCCGGUUGCUAAGGGCAACAAGGCGGUGAUGACGGGGGGCGGGGCGGCGGUUCCGAGGAUAGUGACCAUUUCCACGGCGCCAGACGGAACCCAGACGCAGCAUUCUCACACGGCCAUCAUCCCCACUGCCUCAGGACCCAGGACUGUACGGGUUGCCAUGCAAGUGCCUGUAGUCAUGACAACGUCACUGGGCCAAAAGAUCUCGACGGUUGCCGUGCAACAGGCGCCAGGGACGUCGGGAGGCCAAACGACGUACCAAUUGGCCAACGCCUCUCCCAUCGGCACGGCAACGGGCAACGCGAACUCCCAACCGAAGGUUGUGAUCCAGACCAUCCCCACCAUGGUUCCAGCCACAGCGGAGAACGGAGACAAGAUCACGGUCCAACUGGCUAAGAUCAUCACCAUCCCGGCCCACCAGCUGGCCCAGUACCAGCAGCAGACCAAGCCUGGCCUGGGGGGCGCCCCGACGGGCAGCAUCUCUCUCCUGGGCGGGACAAACUCCUGGGGGGUACGAGCCCUGGCACCUCAUGUUACCAUGGCUGCAGGGACACAGGUGAUGAGGCUGGCUGUUCCCACAACGCUGCAUCAUCAUCAUCAACAACAACAGACGCAUCAUAUCGUCACGACGACGCAAGGUGGCGGGACCGGGACGGCAGUGGUCACCGUGACGACGACGACGGCCAAUCAGAGCGCUCCGGUGGCGGCAUCCCAUAUCAUCAGCGGCAUCAUCAAGAGAUCUGCCACGGCGACGAGAGAACCGCAGCAGCAGCAAGCCAAGACGCUGACCGUUAAAACGGUACAGGCCCUCCCCGUCCAGACCACGUUACCGGAAACACACGACAUCAUCACCGUAGUCGUCUAAAUCAGGAGGUCUGGAGUGUUGAGGCCACAAGUACGGACACACACACACACACACACACACCUCAACAUUGUUUGUACAGUUUUUGGCCACAUAGUUUGUUCUUCUUUUUCUACGUGACUCUGAGAGACUAUAAAGACCCACAACCAGCUCUGAUUUACCCUGGGAGGGGGUCUACCUUCCUACCACAGCCUCAUCUAUAUGGGGGUGGGGGCGGGUCUACCUUCCUACCACAGCCUCAUCUAUAUGGGGGUGGG